AUGGAGAACAUGAACAGCGGACAGUUCAAGCAGGCGAUGCACAGCAUCAACUACGGGCACGUCAUGCAGGCGGCGGCGGAGGAUUACGCGAGAGAGAUGAAGAUGAGCGAGCGCGAGGCAAAGGCUCGAGCGAAAGCGGCGGGCGUGGUGGACGCCAGGGAGCUGUGUGAGGAUCCGGAUUUGGAGGAGAUUCAUCGCGAGCGCGUGCAGGCGAUGAAGGAGGCGCAGGAGAGGCGAAUGAAGAUGGAGCGAGAGGGUCACGGGACGCUGAGCGAGGUGGAAGAGAAGGAAUUUUUGCCAGAGGUGACGACGACGCAACUCGUCGUGGCGCACUUUUACCAUCAGGAGUUUGAGCGGUGCAGAAUCAUGGAUAAGCAUCUCAGCGCGCUAUCAAAGAAGUACUUUGACACCAAGUUUAUCAAAAUAUCGGCACCGGACGCGCCCUUCUUCGUGACAAAGCUCCAGGUGAAAGUUUUACCGUGUUUGAUUUUUUUCAAAAAUGGCGUCGCGUUUGACCGACUCGUCGGCUUCGAGGACCUCGGCGGGAAGGAUGAUUAUCCGACGGCGAAGUUGGAGCGGAUUUUGUUGGAUGCGGGAGCGGUGGUGCCAGUGGAGAGAAAUGAUAGCGAUAGCGAGGAUGAGGCGGAGGAGAUUCGAAGGGAGGCGAUGAACAGGAUGAUUCGCGGCGGUUACCAUCGAAACGACGACGACGAAGACUCGGACUUCGAAUGA